CAUAGAUUGUGAUUGUGAUUGUGGUGCACCGACUUCAGAUUCCGCUAGACCCAUCGCUUUUCUCCUUCUAAUUUUCCUUUGGCACGGGGGAAAAAAGCUUCUUCUUCUUCUUCUUCAAUCUUCAAUCCUAUUUCAAAAUCUUCUUCCUCUUUUCGGCAUUUGGCAUUUCGGAAUCACAAUCCUAUUUUGCAGCUGCUUGAUUCGGGAACCCUCGAUUGCUCCACCACCAGUUAUGGGGAGCCGUUCGUCGGAGACCAGGUUCGUUCAGGAAUUGCUUCUCUACGCAGCCAGCGCCGCCCUGAGCUGCCUCGUUUUGUUCGCUGGCCUACGCCACCUCGACCCCAACCGCGAGGCUUCUAAGAAGGCUCUCGAGCACAAGAAGGAGAUUGCCAAACGCUUGGGCCGCCCUCUCAUCCAGACCAACCCUUACGAGGACGUGAUUGCUUGUGAUGUUAUAAACCCUGAUCACAUCGAUGUCGAAUUUAACUCUAUUGGAGGCCUUGAAAGUAUCAAGCAAGCUUUAAUUGAAUUGGUGAUACUUCCACUUAGGAGGCCAGAUUUGUUUUCGCAUGGGAAGCUUCUUGGUCCGCAGAAAGGGGUCUUGUUAUAUGGACCACCUGGUACUGGGAAAACAAUGCUCGCGAAAGCUAUUGCAAAGGAGUCUGGAGCUGUUUUCAUUAAUGUUAGAAUUUCAAAUCUGAUGAGCAAAUGGUUUGGUGAUGCACAAAAGCUAGUGGCUGCUGUGUUUAGCUUGGCUUAUAAGCUCCAGCCUGCUAUUAUAUUCAUUGAUGAGGUCGAUAGUUUUUUGGGUCAGCGACGAACAACAGAUCAUGAAGCAAUGACGAACAUGAAGACCGAGUUCAUGGCCCUAUGGGAUGGAUUUACGACAGAUCAGACUGCUCGUGUUAUGGUUCUUGCUGCUACUAAUCGCCCAUCCGAACUGGAUGAAGCUAUUCUUCGGCGUCUUCCACAGGCCUUUGAGAUUGGAAUACCUGACCGGAGGGAGAGAGCAGAGAUAUUAAAGGUCAUUUUGAAGGGUGAGCGGGUUGAACAAAAUAUAGACUAUGACCAUGUGGCAAGCUUGUGUGAGGGGUACACAGGUUCAGAUAUUCUCGAACUAUGCAAAAAAGCUGCUUAUUUUCCUAUCAGGGAUCUUCUUGAUGAAGAGAAGAAGGGGAAACAAUCUUCCGUACCAAGGCCACUGUCGCAGUCGGAUUUGGGAAAGGUUCUUGCCACAUCCACAAAGACAAAGGUUGCUGCGAGUGAGUACACUGGACUCAGCUCUAAUUCAUCAGGGUGGGCAGGGCAGCGGGAACCUGGCGAUUAUGAGGUUCAAGCAGCUAUAAGUGAACUCUCGAAGCUUGUGGUCUCCCAAAUCUUGAAUAUUCAAUCCGAUACCCGGGAAUAGUGAAAACCCCAAAAUUAUCGAGGAUUCUCGCAACUCAUUUAGUGUUUAACUAGCACAUAGAUUACUAGAGAUGCAUCCUUGAUUCGAAGGGUCCAUCUCGUAUCUAAAAUUUUGAAGUUCUGAAUGGUUUCUGGUAGUUGCAUAUUCCAGCUUUCCUUGCUGCCUCAAACAUGAAAUGGUGGUCAUAUUUAUGUAUUGUGAUGAAGGAUUAACCCUGUUGAUAAUCUUUUUGUAUGGAUCAUGGUCAUCCUCGGACAAUCUUUCUGUUGUAUUUCACUGUCUAAACUUUUUUACGCUGUACCAAAAAUCAGCGAUAUGGAAAUUCUAAAGCCUCUCUCUCUUCAACGUA